UUUACAUGUUUUAAAUAUAUAUUUUUUUGAAGCCCGAUUCUUAUGAUUAUUAGAUCGUUCGAGUCAUUUUAUUGGUCUUUUGCGGUUCUUCUGUUUUAGCCCCCUGUUCUAUCUAGCCACUAUUGUUGAGAAGAAGAAAUUUUUCGUUUGCUUGUUUUAUUUUACAGCGUAAACUCCAUUAUUCUUCUUCUACCUUAGUUUUCUCCUUAUUUUUAUUUUUAUUUUUAUUUUUAUUUUAUGUUUAUUUGUUUUUGAUAGUUGAAUUUUUCAAAACAAAAAAGCAAGUGCAAAAAAAAAAAAAAAAAAUUCAAAAAAUCAAAAAAUCAAAAAGGGAAAAGAGGGAAAAACUCGAAAUUAGCCAGAACGGGAAAAGCCGACGACAUCCUGAGGACGGGACGAAAUCCCUCCCAUAUCAGAACAAUCCAUUCUCACCACCACGGGCAGCGACCAACCCUAUCGUGCAGGGCGAUCGCAGGUGAGAGAAGAAAGGAGCAGCUAAAGAAGAGGGGGAAAACAGGAGAUCAAUAUCUGGCUUCUCGUCGGCCGGGUACAUAUGCUUUCAGACACCGCGGGGAGCACGACAAUUACUAUUUACUAAAUACUUUUUUUUCUUUCUUUUUCUUUAUGAUUUUUCUUUAUUUUGUUUUACUUUUUUAACAUAAAAUAUCCCCAUAUGACAAAGCAAAGCAGGGAGCAAAAUAAAAUCAAAGGGAGUCAGACGCGCAAUUUCCGGACAAAUGUUUAACUGGCAUACAAGCGUCGAACAUCCGCCUCCUCAAGGGAAUCCUGUAUCUGCUCGACAACAGCAUCAACUCCCGCACCAACAGCACCAACAGCACCAACAGCAUCAACAGCAUCAACAGCAUCAACAGCACCAACAGCAUCAACAGCAUCAACAGCAUCAACAGCACCAACAUCAACCGCACCAACAUCAACAACACCCGCACCAACAACACCCCCAUCAGCAUCAGCGUCAACACCAGCAGCACCAGCAACAACAACAACAGCAGCAGCAGCAGCAGCAUCAGCAGCAACAACAGCAGAACCAUCACGGUCCUUCUCUACAAUGGCUCCCCGCUGCCCCGCCGCUCCCUAGACCGCUCCCCAACACCCUUCCGCCCCUUUCUGCUGCCCUAUGCCCCCCCAAUAACUUCGGGUCCACCACCCAAAAUGACCCAGCCGUCCUACACACCCCCGCAUCCACUGACCACUCGCUAUCAGAAAGCUCCAGCAUUCGUGAGAACGCCGUUGUCGAAAACGCAGUCGAUCUAGAUCCCGAACCCACAUAUGACCACCCUGCUCCAGGCCCUGAGCCCAGCUCCGAUGAUGUUGAAAUAGACGGAGGAGGAGGGUCCACACCGCGGCAAGCAAGUCGCGUAGGCCCCGGCCGAGGCGUUGAUAUAACACUGUUGGAAAACGAGACGCCACGCAAGCACGGCAAGCGGCUAACGACGCGCGAGGAGACCGCGCUCUUUGAGAUUUGCAACCGGCACGCGGCCACCUUUGGCGAGCGCAACCGCCUGUGCGAAUGGUGGGUGAACGUGACGCAGGAGUUUACCGCGUCGGAGGGACAUCCGUAUUCGUGGCAUAGCGUACGGCGCAAAGUGGAGCUGGUGACGCAGCAGCGCAUUAAAUUCCUUGCCGGCAUGGAUGGGAAGAGGAGGGAUGAUCAGGCCGAUGCGGCAUGGAGCGCUGCUGUCGAUUCCUGGAUUCCGGCCUGGAAACGGUUUCAGGAACAGGAAACUGAGCGCAUCAAUGCUAAGCAGGGCAAAAGGGGCCGGAAGAGGAAAGCGGUGGUUGACGCUGAAGGGGUGGGGCUGGGAUUUCAGCAUAUGUUGCCGCCUGGGUUCGACACGAUGUUCCCACCGUCAUCCAAGCCGGCCAAGGUGACUCGGAUGGACCCUCCGGCCUCUAUACCUGCCACUACUGCACCAAGCUCAACCACAGCAGAAUCUGUUCAGGCCGCCCCGCCUUCUAAACAGCAGAAGCAGCAGCAGAAGCAACAAAAACAGCAACAGAAGCAGCAGCAGAAGCAGCAACAGAAACAGCAGCACGUUCCCACAUCAAUACCCGUCCAGCCAACCUCGCAACAGACAGCCGUAUCCAACACAGCAGCAAUCCUAGCCGCCGCCGCAUCCUCAUCCGCCUCGUCAACAGCAGCAGUAGCCGCAACAGAACCCAACGUCGGCGCCGCCAUCCUAGAAACAUUAUCAAAGCUCAACAAGAACCUCGAAGCCGUCUCAUCCCGCACCCACCAAUCCAACGCCAUGUCCCUCGCCGCAGCAGCCGCUGCUGGUGCCCAUCCACACUCCCACCCUCACCCUCACCCUCACCCUCACCAGCAUCAACACCAACACCAACAACAAAAAUCUUCCCCGAACCCCACGAUCGCCAGCCACGGCCGUACGGCGGCAGGAGCAGGCGGGGCCACAGCAGCAGCAGUAGGAACAGGACCAACGCCCGUUCAAAACUCGAUAUCAGCGUCAACGCUGCACCAGCUAAAGUCUGAGCUGCGCGCGGAGCUGCGGCAGGAGAUCCAGAAGGAUCGCGCGCAGCUGGAGGAGAAGUUGGAUUCGGUGCAGAGGACGCAGGAGAUGAUUUUGGAGUUGUUGCGGCAGGAGCCGCAGUAGGUUUUUUGUUUAGCUUUUUCGUUCUUUCUGCCUUUUUUUUCCCCCCCUCCCCUUGUAGCGAGGGAGGGGAGAUAUGUUCUAGCCCUUCUUUAGCUUGGGGAGAAAGAGGUGGACGGUGGACGGGGUUGAUGAGAUAUUAGGGAUUGGUAUGGUCUGGAGAGGGGAUGGGAUGGGGGAGCGUACAAGGACUGAGGGAGGGAUAUAUAUGCAGUUGUUGGGGCAUUUAUGAAUGUUACGACCUUUUUUCUUUUCCUCUCUAUCUUUGUUCCUCUUUUUAUGCAGCCACACCCACAUUGGUUUAUUGUCUAUGUUCUGUUUUGUCUUUGCUUCUGGUUCUGGUUCUACGGUAGUAUUGCGAUUUUCUCUUCUCCUUCGUGUCAGUUUGGUUUCCUUUUUCAGUAUCUCUUUUUGCCUUUCCCCUUUUGUGCCAGGACCACCUGCAAACUGCAAACUGCAAACUCCUCCGCUGUCCCCCCCUAAUCCCCUAGUCCCCUUUCUUAUCCUCCCCGUUCCUUUCCCCCUGUUCUACUACAGUUACAGUUAAACCGGCCAGCUGGAGACUGAGCCCUCACGCUUGCCUCUAACUCGCUAUUUGCGCGCAAUGCUCUUUUCAUCUAUCUUUUUGCCCCCCUAUCUACCUGAUGACGACAAAUGGGACAUGUAUAUGUAAAUAAUAUACUACAACGCGCAUGUAUAUACUAUAUAUCAAGUUUCUCUUGAUGAUGACGACGACGAUGAUGAUGAUGAUCUAUCUAGCUGGGCGUAUAUCAUUUACUUUUAUUGUUGUUGUUGUUGUUAUUUAUUAUUGUUGCUUAUUCUUCUCUUAGGCGCACGAGAUGAUGACCCGCCCCCCCUCCCUCCUUGUAAGAAAAGCAAAUAUCUUGAGUGGUUUGUGAAUUUGUUCAUGAACGGGAUAUAUAUAUAUAUAUAUAUAUAUAUAUCAGAAACAGAUGUCAAUGUGCUCCCCUCCGCUAUUCUCGCGUCUCGCUAGCAACAACUUCCUACGUCUUGAAAUACUCCUUGCCUCUUAGAUGAUUCAUUGGGAUGAAGAGUUAUACCAUAAUACAGUGCAUUUUACGUACCUUGAGAAAAAAAGCACACGGAUUCGGGAAACUGUGGUUUGCAAAGAAACAGCUAUAGAUAGAUAGGUAGAUAGAUAGGUAGAUAGGUAGGUAGGUGAUAGAUUGGAGGGAGGAGGCGCAGGGCACAGCUCACUCAAUUUUCAUAUUACUCCACUACUCACGGGAAGGGGGCCGGGGGGGGGGGGAGGAAUAUGAAUAGAAAGUACAGAUUUUUGCAAACGUAAGACAGAAAAGCAACAAAAAGGAGCGGAAAUUUUUAGGGACAGGACAAAGGUGGAGAAAAAUCCAUUUUUUUGUUUCUUGGUGGGCACGGUAGGUAGGUAGGUAGGUGAGCUAGAAUACAGAG